CUCACUGCCACCACCCCCUCUCUUGUCGCAGCAAAUUGUCGUCGGUUCUUCCUUGCUGCCACCAUCCCCUCUUUGUAGAAGCACACUGCCGACUGUUUGUCGAUCAUCGAUCGCUGUAUCUGAUGGGAAGCAUGCUGGGCGGAUUCAUCUCCACGCACUGGUUUGAGGUUGGAAGAACUAUUUCCACACCAUUUGUUAAUGACAAGAUCGGAGAAGAUGGCCAACGAGGAUUCUAAUUAUCUAUCACAUGCAUGGUGCUUCUAAUAUUUUAACUGUACAAGGGGAAGAAACGAAUCUUCCAUCUUCGUAGUUGGUGGGGUGCAUAUCUGUCAACAAAGUUGUGCUUGUCUCGUUGUUAUAUGUUAUGUAUGUGUUCAUCGCCAUCCAUAAUUCAUUCUCACAACACAAGAACAGAAAAUGAGGAAACUGAUGAAGAGGAAGAAGAAGAAGAAUAGCCAGAAAAGCGGCAGUACCAUGUUCCAAGAAAAUGUCAGGAGAAAGGAAACGGGGGAGGAGGAAUCGGCGGCAGCAGCGGCGGCGAUGUGGGAUUUGGGGAGCCCGCUGUUUGAUUCCCACGAAGUGGUGUCGGUCAGCCAUUUGAUCGACCGCCACCUGAUGGCUCUGCCGUCGUCAUUGGGCAGCGGCGGAUCGAAACAGCUCAGUAGAAAGUUCUCCUCGUCGACGUCGGGUGGUCGCAGUAAGGCUGUAGUUGUCCCGGCUCCUCCAUCUCCAACUCGCUCCACCGGAGGGCGGGACAAUAAUGAUGAAGCUAUUGCCGCCAUUGGAGGUGGCAGUGGUUCUUCUGAUGCUCGUCGGUGGAAGGUGGGUGGGAUGUUGGGUUUCGUGGGCAAGAAGCUAAGGAAAAUUAAUGAGGAGGAGGAGAAGAAGAAGAUUAGUAGGAGCGGGAAGCAGCAGCGGUCGGCCAAGGGCAAAAAAUCAGUAAUCAUUGCUUGCUUUGGGCGCAAGAAAUCCUGAUCCUGGGACUAGAAUUUGUAAUCUUCUAUCUCCAUUCUCCACCCACUGAAAUUGGAAGUGUAAUACAAUUUCACGUGGAACUCUUUUCUGUAGUCGUAGACAAGAACUGUAAUUUGGCAGUGACAAAUAAAGGGUGACUACGCUAUUCAGUGGUAAAACAUGGCUUCUGUUGCCUUACCCUCGUCAAAAGGUUCCUAUGCUUCUAUCAAAACUAUGACCUCUGUUUUGCAUCUCACUAUGAGCGCCCAGCAGCCCAGCACAAUGAUGACAUGAACAGGUUUGAAUUCGGU